CCAGUGAAUCCGAACAUGGAACUUCGUGUCGUGUAUACUCUUGCGAGUACCUUUACUCUGUUAACCUGCACAUACUUCUUUCAAAGAAACAGGAAAGUGGGUCAUAACAACACAAAUCCUCUGUUUCAAGAACAGGCACAAAAGAAAGAAAUCACAGUGGAACAAACACAGACUACCCUGAUGCAAAACAUGGAUUUAACGAACAUGGAGCAACUUCAACCACAAUUUCAAAAGAAAGCACAGAAGCUGAGCGAGGAGGAGGAGGAUCUGUUCCCUAAACAUGCAUUCACUGCAUUCAGCCUCGACCAGGUCUUCUUCAUUCUGCUGAUCCACACUUUUGGAGCUGAUUUCGUUUCAACCAUUUCUGAGGUGUACUACAACGUGUUCACAGCUGUCGGCAUGGUGGAACUGGCUUUCAGUUUUAUCACGUCUGUUUAUAUCGUGAACAGAUGGAAAAAAGAUAAAGAAGUAGAGCUGGAGAAAAAAAACCUGCUUAAAAAGGAGUUCCUGAACAAAGAGGCAGAUAAGGAGAAGGCUCAUCUCAUCAACUUCACAAUGAAGAUCCUGGCUGUGUCUGCUCUCCUCUGUGCCAUGAUGGCUCUGACUACUGCUGCUGCUGAUGCAGAGGCAGAACCUGAAGUUGCAGCAGCAGGUAUUCAGGGUUGGUCUCGGAUCGGUCAGCGCUAUUUCCGCUACAUUACUAGACCCCUGACCUGGGCUGAAGCUGAGAGAAACUGCAUCUCUCUGGGUGGACAUCUGGCAUCUGUUCAUUCCUUCCAGGAGUACCACCUCAUCAGAACCCAGAUAACACCCAGUGGGGAUGUACAGGCAUGGAUUGGAGGCUCUGAUAUUCAAAUGGAGGGAGUUUGGCAAUGGAGUGAUGGCAGCAGAUUAUUCUUUGUCUUCUGGUGCCCAGGACAGCCAGACAAUAAAAGAAAUCAGGACUGUCUGCAAAUAAAUUUCAGCGACUAUAAGUGCUGGGAUGAUCUUCAGUGUGAGAGCCAUCUUCCCUCUGUCUGCUCCAGGAACAAUUAAAUCCUGGUCAGACAGGAGCGCUCAACAUCUCUUCUCUCUUUUCUGUCGCUGUAACGCUUCAUAAGGAAAGAUGUGACAAGUGACACAAACAGGAGGUGGAUUGUCUCUGAGGCCUUGUGCCCUUAAUAAGAUCAGACUGAAUGUGGAAUGGAAAGAACGCUUUAAGCACAACUUUAUUCUUUGGUUUGAACUCUUCUUUCUAAUCUGAAUGCAAAAUUAAAAGCUUCAAGCAUUGAAAAAACGUC